AUGUCGACCAGCGGAUCCGGAUUCCUCGGUCGCUCGAGCAGCAGCAAUGCCAACAUGAGGGGCCUCGUCCAGUUCAUUGCGGAUCUGCGAAACGCCCGCGCCCGCGAGCUCGAGGAGAAGCGCAUCAACAAGGAGCUGGCCAAUAUUCGCCAAAAGUUCAAGGACGGCAACCUCAGCGGCUAUCACAAGAAGAAAUACGUCUGCAAGCUGCUGUACAUCUACAUACUCGGCUGGAACGUCGACUUUGGACACCUCGAGGCCGUGAACCUCAUCUCGGCCACCAAGUACUCCGAGAAGCAGAUAGGAUACCUGGCCAUGACGCUCUUCCUGCACGAAAAGCACGAGCUGCUGCAUCUCGUCGUCAACAGCAUCCGAAAAGACUUGCUGGACCACAACGAGCUGUUCAACUGCCUCGCCCUCCAUGCCAUCGCCAACGUCGGCGGCCGAGAGAUGGGGGAGGCCUUGAGCAGCGAAGUUCACCGGCUUCUGAUAUCACCCACCUCAAAGUCCUUCGUCAAGAAAAAAGCCGCCCUGACCUUGCUUCGUCUCUAUCGAAAGCACCCCGACAUCGUCGCCCCUCAGUGGGCCGAGCGCCUCAUCCACCUCAUGGACGAUGCCGACCUUGGCGUCGCCCUCUCCGUCACCUCCUUGGUCAUGACGCUGGCACAGGACAAUCUCGACCAGUACAAAGGAGCCUACACGAAGGCGACGGCGAGGCUGAAGCGCAUCAUCGUCGACGGCGAGUACACCACCGACUACCUGUACUACAAGGUGCCCUGCCCCUGGCUUCAGAUCAAACUUCUUCGGCUGCUGCAAUACUUCCCUCCCUCCGACGAUACCCAUGUGAGGGAAAUGAUCCGGGAGUGCAUGGAAAAGAUCUUCAAUCUCGCCAUGGAGGCGAACAAGAACGUCCAGCAGAACAACGCCCAGAACGCCAUCCUGUUCGAAGCCAUCAACCUCGUCAUCCACCUCGAUACCGAGCAUGCUCUGAUGAAGCAAAUCUCGGCUCGCCUCGGCCGCUUCAUCCAGAGUCGCGAGACGAACGUGAGAUACCUUGGCCUCGAGGCCAUGACCCACCUGGCCGCGCGCACCGAGACCCUCGCCCCGAUCAAGCAGCAUCAGGACAUCAUCCUAGGCUCCCUGAAGGACAGGGACAUCAGCGUGCGCAGGAAGGGCCUCGACCUCCUCUACAGCAUGUGCGAUGCCACAAACGCCCAGGUCAUCGUAGGCGAGCUGCUGCACUACCUGCAGAACGCGGACUUUGCCAUCAGAGAAGAAAUGGUUCUUAAGAUUGCCAUUCUGACGGAAAAGUACGCGACGGACGUGCAAUGGUACGUCGACAUCUCGCUGCGCCUCAUCGCCAUGGCCGGAGAUCAUGUCAGCGACGAGGUCUGGCAGCGCGUCAUCCAGAUCGUGUCCAACAACGAGGAGCUGCAAGUGUACGCGGCCCAAAACACGCUGCAGCACGUCAAGUCGGAUCAUUGCCACGAGACGCUCGUCAAGAUUGGAGCCUACAUCCUCGGCGAGUUUGGCCAUCUGGUUGCCGAUCAGCCUCGCUGCAGCCCGAUCGAGCAGUUCAUGGCUCUGCAGAGCAAGCUCGCCGCCUGCUCUCCCAGCACGCGCGCCAUGAUUCUCUCGUGCUUCAUCAAAUUCGUCAACCUGUUCCCCGAAAUCAAGCCACAGCUGCUUCAGACCUUUGAGGACCACACCCACACGCUGGACUCGGAGAUGCAGCAGCGAGCUUGCGAGUACCUGACGUUGGCGAGGAUGCCCACCGACGACCUCCUGCGAACCGUCUGCGACGAGAUGCCACCGUUCCCGGAGAGAGAGUCGGCCCUGCUGUCCCGGCUGCAUCAGAAGCACGCCAAUACGAGCGACCGGCGGACGUGGGUCGUCGGGGGCAAAGAUGCCAACGCCGACGGCGCGGAGCUUGGCAUGACCAAGGUGGGGUCUCUUAAGAGAACCUUCAGCUCGGCCGUCCCUCUCAACGUCGGCAAGGCAAACGGACCAGGUGGGCAGCCGAACGGCAUUUCCGAACUCGCCGGCCUCGACCUGAAUGCGCCGACGCCGGCCGAGCCCAAGAUGCUCAAGGCGCCCAACCUCGCAAGCGCCGCUCACCUUUCGCCUGGGUGGGAAAAAGGCUUCGACCGACUCAUGCUGCGAUCGGACGGUGUGCUGUACGAGGACGGCCAAGUGCAGAUCGGAGUGAGGUCCGAGUACCGCGGCCAAAUGGCCUGCUUGAUUGCCUACUUCAAGAACAAGACGCCCGGGCCGAUGACCUCCUUCACCACCACCUUGGAUCUCGACGAGAGCGAAAAGGGCAAGCUGACUUGGGACGUCAAGGGUCUUCCCGACAGCACCAUCAACCCGGGAAGCCAGUCCCAGCAGGUGACCAUGUUCGAAGCCAAGAAAGUGUUUGAAAAGCCUCCGACGAUUCGGAUCAGCUACCUGGCCGGUGCCCUACAGGCCCUGACCCUCAAGCUUCCCGUGGCCGCGCACAAGUUCAUGGACCCCGCGGAGCUCACGCCCGAGGACUACUUCAAGAGGUGGAAGCAGAUCGGCGCCGGCCCCCGAGAAGCCCAAGGAAUCUUUGGGUUGGCGGCCGGAAAGAGAGGGAGGGAAAUCACGGAGCGGUUCGUCGCCACCAUCGUGGACGGCUUCAGGUGGCGCAUCCUGGACAUGGUCGACCCGAACCCGAAGAACGUGGUGGGCGCUGGUGUCAUGCACACGUCCGAGGGAGGCAAGUUUGGCUGUCUGAUGAGACUGGAGCCAAACUACGACAGCCAGAUGAUUCGACUCACGAUCCGGGCCACCGACGAGUCCGUACCUUCCGUUUUGUUGGAUCUCGUACGGGAGAGGUUGUCCCGCGGCGAGUCGCCGACAGAAUACCAAAGCCACGCUUCGCACAGCGAAAUCGCCAAAGUGUUUGGCAACGUCAUGGUUGGCUGA